GCGGCCGCUCCUGUGAAUAAAAGAAGUGCCGAGCAGACGACGACCAUGGGAACUAAAAAUGGACGAUUAGAUGGCAAGAAAACGCCUACAAAUAAAAAGUUUAGAUCUCGGAAGGAAAAUGGAGGCAACAGGGAAUCUUCGGGUAUAAAGUGGAUGUUUUCAACGUGGAAUUUGGCCGUGAUUUCACUAGCUCUGACGUUUGGUGUGUUACAUGGGUGGCACAUCUCUAGUAUGUUUGAGAAUGACAGAUUCUUCUCACAUUUAUCUGACCUGGAAAGAGAGAUGACAUUCAGAACAGAAAUGGGGUUGUAUUACUCUUACUAUAAGACGAUGAUAUCGGCCCCUAGCAUGGGACAGGGUCUACUUGCUAUCAUGCAUGAUAAUGUGACGGAGUAUCCCAGCACCAUCAACACGCUCAAGAGAUUCAAUCUCUACCCUGAGGUUGUAUUAGCAGCUGGUUUUAGAUUCUAUGAUGGAGUCACAAAACUCCUGGAUAUCAAGACUAAGGAUUGUUACACAGUAAACAGAGGAAGAGGUCUCAGUCCAGUACUUAAUUGUGAAGGAAUGGGAGAUCCAGCUUAUUACUAUGUGAAUUGGAUCUUCAUUGAGAACGGCUUCUUGGUGUCUCUCUUAUUCAUCUUUGCUACAUACCUCAGUGAAAGCCUUCUUGGUGGUCUAAUAACUGUAGCUGCUUUCUUCUAUAACCAUGGAGAGUGUACACGAGUGCAGUGGACCCCUCCGUUGAGAGAGAGCUUUGCAUACCCUGUCUUUGUUCUUCAGAUGCUCUUGGUUACCCAUGUCCUCAGGAUUUCCAAGCCAAUGUGGUAUCACAGUGUAGCAAUCGGUGCAGGUGUGGUUGCCUUCAUGCUGCCAUGGCAGUUUGCUCAGUUCGCUCUACUGACACAGACCCUGGCUGUGUUCGCUACCUACAUGCUGGGUUUCGCAGGCUCCAGCAAGGUCAGAUGCAUUCUUCAGGGGCAAAGUCUUGGCCUAUUUGUGAGUUACAUAAUGCUUUUUGGUAAUGAAAUGCUAUUUCUUGGCUUAUUUGUGAGUUACAUCAUGCUGUUUGGUAAUGAAAUGUUACUUACUUCAUUCUUUGCUGCCUGUCUUCUCACUGUCUGGCUUAUUCUUUUUAUGGAACCUGUAUUGGAGAAACUGCAACAUAGGAUCAUUAUUUGGAUAUGUCAGCUAUGCCUUCUGUUUGGUGGGACCUUAGUGGUGAAGCUAGUCCUCUCCACUUGUCUAAGCAUAGAAGACGAUGCUCAUAUUGCCAAUCUGUUCAGGUCUAAGUUCUCAGGAUACAAAGACUUCCAUACCAUGCUCUAUACAUGUGCUGCAGAGUUUGACUUCAUGCAAACAGAGACGGUCAUCAAAUUCCUGAAGACAUUUCUCCUGCCUAGUUCAGCAAUAGCAAUACUGGUUACAAUAAUUCAUCUAUUCAGGGUAUUCUUACAGCCAAAGACGGAGGAGACUCACAAACACAAAAAUGGAAGCAGCAGGGAACAUGUAACCGAGAGGAAUGAUGAUGUUCAUGCCAAAGACGAACUAGAGAUCAGGCAGCUUCCUAGUGCAGAGUUGGUUUACCAUCUGUUGCAGCUGUUGGCUUUCCUGGUGAUGGCAGUACUUGUCAUGAGACUGAAAGUCUUCUUCUCACCUCAUCUUUGUCUUAUCUCAAGCAUGCUGGCAUCAAAACAGAUAUUUAAGUUCUUCAGAUCAGACAUGCAUCACCAAGCUGCAAUAUUCAUCUUACUUGCAAUGAUGUCCGUCCAGGGCUUUCUGAAUCUUCAGCAUCAACGGAGCAUACAGGGAGACUUCUCUAAUCCACCACAAGAAGAACUGCUUGAGUGGAUUAUGCAAAACACAUCAAAAGAUGCGGUGUUUGCAGGACCAAUGCCUACCAUGGCUUCUAUCAAACUAUCAACAGGGAGGAGGAUAGUCAAUCAUCCACAUUAUGAAGAUGCUGGACUAAGAGCAAGGACCAAGUUAGUAUAUGCCAUGUACAGUCGCAAACCAGGCAAGGAAGUUCAUGAGGGUUACAAGUCUCUCGGAGCACAGUAUGCCAUCCUUGAGAGAUCCUGGUGCUCCCGCAGAUCCAAGUUUGGGUGCAGCAUGCCAGAGAUAUGGGACAUUGAGGAUCCGACAAAUGCGUUUAAGAGACCCUUAUGCUUGCGGAUUGAAGAAAGAUCUACACCCUACUUCUCACCGGUGUUCACCAAUGGAGUGUACACAGUUCUCAGAGUCUGAUGCAGUAAUUCUAACUUGAGAAUAUGUUGCUAGAGAAUUGAAGAAGGCAAUCAGGGUUUCAUAAAGUGCUGAAGAGAGAGAGACCAAUGUGCUUGUGGAUUGAAGAAAGAUAUGUUCCAGCGGUGUUCACAAAUGGAGUUUACACAAUUCUCAAAAGUCUGACAGGCUUUCAAAUUAACAUUUGGAAUUCAGGAAGGUGCUACUCUACAGGUAUAUUAACCAGUGAUCACAAUUGGAGUCUAUACCUUGCGAAAUGGUUGAUAAAUUGGUGACGAGAGACCAUCGUGCUUGCAGAUGGAAGAAAGAUCCACACCCUAUUUUUCACCAGUGUCUACGAAUGAAGUGCACACAGUUACCAAAGUCUGAGCAAAUGCUGGCAAGAGAACAUCGUAGUUGAGAAUUGAGACAGGUUCCACACCAUACUUUACACCGGUGUCUACAAAUGAAGUGCACACAGUUUGAUCAAAUGCUGACAAAAGAACAUCGUACUUGAGAAUUGAGAAAGGCACAACACCGUACUUUACACCAGUUUGUGUGGAGUGCUGAAAGCCUUCUAAAGUUAUGCUUUGAGAUUGAGCAUUACAAGACAUUUAACUUUCCACCUCUUGUUCAGUAAUAAUGGAACCUUACCAUUUUGAGUUUGGUCAUCACAUUUGUUGAUUAUGAAAUAGUAUCUUAUAGCCAAAUGCAAAAGUUCUAAAUUUUCCCCAGGAGAAGUACACCCUUCCAAUUUUAAUCGUCACAUUUUGAACUGUAUUUAUAUGUACUACAGGCCAAUAGCUUUCCAGAAAAAGAAACUCCAUUUGAGGUUAAGUCAUCCAUUUGUUCAACUUCUCGAACAUUGUUAUUAUUUUGCUUAUUUAUUUGUCUUCCCUUUGUUUCUCAGCAGUAUAUAUACAAUGAUCAGGAAAA